GUUCGCCCCGUCACUGUGCGUCAAGAUAUGUUCCGACGCAGGGUGCAGCUGUGGCAAGCUGUCGGCCUCGACUUAAGUUGCCGUAUCCGGAGUGCAAGGAUGAGGGCUUCGUGGAUGUGUACACCACAAGUCCGGAUUCUGUUGUUGCUUUCGCGCAAUUUACCUCGCAGGAGAAGGUGCAGAAGUUUGUACGUGCCCAGAAAAGACAUGAGGGCAUGCGACAACACAAACUUUGGGCAGCUGAAAACAAGUCCGCUUCCGAAAGAAAGCGGGGAAAGAUUCUGAGCAAAAUCAAAAAGUUUUCCAUUGAGUUGGACAACAUCGAGCCUCGUAAUGUCUGGGUGAACUAUCGAAGCUACAAGGUUUCCGUCCGACAUGGUGGGCAGCUUGUUCACGCAGCAUUCGUGGCAGAAGAUGGUGUUGUUGAAUGGUCAGCUCCAAAUUGCCCAAUGAGCCAGCAAGUUCGUGAUGCCAUCGCUGAUUUUACAGAGGACUUGGAGUAG